UCAUUACGAAACGGAUGUGUAAUGUAUUGAAAGAAACUUUCCCAGAUUUUACUGAUUGAAUAUACUUUUGUUUGAUAUUUGGUCAUUCAACAAUUAGAAAAAAAUGAAGACUCGAUUUAGUACAAUAGAUAUUGCCGUUGUCAUAAAGGAAAUAAGAAAGUACUGUGGGAUGCGAGUUAACAAUGUGUAUGAUAUAGAUAGCAAGACAUACCUUCUUAAGUUGCAGAGGCCAGAUGAGAAAGCCAUGAUUUUGAUGGAAUCUGGAAAUAAAAUCCACACUACAGGUUUUGAUUGGCCAAAAAAUAUGGCACCUUCUGGAUUUUCUAUGAAGAUGAGAAAGCACAUUAAGGGGAGAAGACUGGAGUCGAUUGAACAGCUAGGUGUUGAUAGAAUUAUAGAUCUACAGUUUGGAUCAGCAGAAGCUGCAUAUCACAUCAUUUUAGAAUUAUAUGACAGAGGAAAUAUAGUGUUAACAGACUUUGAAUACACUAUAUUGAACAUUCUCAGACCUAGAACUGAUAAAUGCCAGGAUGUUAGAUUUGCUGUCAAGGAAACAUAUCCAAUAGAUGCAGCAAAGCAACAUGUAGUACCAACUGAAGAAUCCUUAAGAGGAAUUUUACUCUCUGCAAAGCCAGGUGAUCAGUUGAGAAAAAUCCUUAUUUCUCAUUUAGAUUAUGGUCCUGGUUUAAUAGAUCACAGUUUGUCGACAGCAGGGUUUCCUGAUAAUUGUAAAAUAGAUAAAGGCUUUGAAAUUGAUAAAGAUUUUACAAAGUUACUAAUUGCCAUAGAGGAAGCAGAAGAAAAUUUUAAACUCUUACAAGAAAAUGAGAGCAAGGGCUACAUCAUUCAGAAAAAAGAGAAAAGACCAGCUGGAUCAGAAAAUAAAGAAGAUCUACUGACGUAUGAUGAAUUUCACCCGAGGUUAUUCAAACAGCAUGCGGAGAAGCCAUUCCAGGAGUAUGAUUCUUUUAAUCAGGCAGUAGAUGAGUUUUUCAGUAAACUUGAAGGUCAAAAGAUGGAUAUGAAGACUGUUCAACAGGAAAAAUCAGCCUUGAAAAAGUUAGAUAAUAUUAAAAAGGAUCAUGAGAAACGAAUAGAACAGUUACAAAAGGUGCAGGAUACUGAUAUUAACAAAGGAAGACUGAUUGAGAUGAAUCUAGGACUGGUUGACCAAGCUAUACUUAUUGUAAGAAGUGCUUUAGCUAACCAGAUUGACUGGGCAGAAAUUCAGAGACUUGUAAAAGAAGCCCAACAACAAGGUGACCCAGUAGCACAAUGUAUAAAAUCACUGAAGCUUGAUACCAACCAUAUUUCAGUGGUACUUAAAGACCCCUACUUUGAAAGUGAUGAUGAAGACCUGAAUGAAGACAUAUUACGUCCAAUGAACAUAGACAUAGACCUAUCACUAAGUGCUUAUGCCAACUCUAGAAAAUUUUUCGAUAUGAAGAAGUUAGCAGCUAAGAAAGAACAGAAGACUAUUGAAGCCUCUGGCAUGGCAUUAAAGUCAGCAGAGAGGAAAACAAAGGAGACAUUAAAAGAAGUUGCCAUGGCAGCAACUAUCAACAAAACAAGGAAGACAUAUUGGUUUGAAAAGUUUUUAUGGUUUAUUACAUCUGAAAACUUCUUGUGUGUUGGAGGUCGUGACCAGCAACAGAAUGAAAUGAUAGUGAAAAAAUAUCUUAGGCCAGGUGAUUUAUAUGUGCAUGCUGAUCUUCAUGGAGCUUCCAGUAUUGUUAUAAAGAACCAUACCAGUGACCCAAUACCUCCUAAAUCAUUGAAUGAAGCUGGUGCCAUGGCCAUAUGUAAUAGUGCAGCAUGGGAUGCUAAGGUUGUGACUAGUGCAUGGUGGGUAUACCAUGAUCAGGUAUCUAAGACAGCACCUUCAGGAGAGUACCUAACAACAGGAAGUUUUAUGAUCAGAGGUAAAAAGAAUUAUCUUCCACCAUCCUAUCUUGUUUAUGGAUUUGCUUUGCUGUUUAAACUAGAAGAGGGCAGUGUAUCUCGCCAUAAAGGUGAAAGGAAAGUCAGAACACAUGAGGAUGACCUUGAAUCUAUAGCAGACUCUGUAGCAACAGAGAGUGACCUUGGUUUGGAUACAGGUAGUAUAAACAGUGAUAGUGAUGAGGAUUUGGAUGAUCAUAAAGAAAAUGAAGAGGAUUCAUUAGAGGGCAAAAUGGAGAAAGUUGAAAUAACCAUGAAAUCAGACAAUGAAACAUGUGAUGAAAGUGAUAAAGACAAAUCUAUUGAUAAAGUGACAGAUAUUAAAGGACAGUUAAAUGAGGAAAACACUUCUGAUAGCAGUGAUGGUGAACAAUCGUUUCCAGACACCAAAAUUACAUUACAGCAUGUCAAGGGAGAUAAAUAUGAGUUGCAUAGAGAUCGAACUCCUAGUGAAAGUAUUGAACCACCUCAGGACCCUGUCCAAGAUCAUGUAGAUAUAAAACAGAACAGGUUGUCAGCCAAACAGAGACGAGAAUUGAAAAAGGCCAGAAAGCAACAAAGUGCAAUUUCAGAAACAGAAAAUGAAAGUAUAAAGUUAGAGAAGAAACCACAAGAGUCAGAGAAGAAGCCAGAAGAGUCAGAUGUAAAAUCUAUUCAACAGAAGAAUAACAAAAAUAACAAUGACACUAACAGUGAACAACAACAACAGCAGCCACUACCUAAACGAGGACAAAAGAGUAAAAUGAAAAAAAUCAAGGAAAAGUAUGCAGAUCAAGAUGAAGAAGAAAGACAACUAAGAAUGGACAUUCUAGCUUCUUCUGGACCAAGAGAAGAAGACCAGUCAACAAAAAAGAGUAAAAAGUACAGGAAAAGUCAGAAGUUACAUAGUGUUCCUCAACAGAAUCAACAGAAAGGGGGUCGUAAGAUGCCUGUUGUCAGCAUGACAACUACCAUACAUAUUGAAGAUGAAGAUUUCAAAGGAAUAUACAAUAAAGAAAAGAUGCAAAAGACUAAAGACCCUCUUGAGGAUGGAGAAUCAGACGAUGAAAAUGAGGAUGACUCAAAACAGAAAUCUGAGGAUAUUCAAAUCCUUGACUCACUCACUGGGUUACCUGUACCUGAGGAUGAACUGUUGUAUGCUGUACCUGUCUGUGGUCCAUACAAUGCACUUCUCAACUACAAGUACAAAGUAAAGUUACAACCAGGUUCUACAAAGAGAGGGAAAGCAUGCAAACUGGCACUGAACAUGUUCGUACAUGACAGACACAUACAACAGAGGGAAAAAGACUUGACAAAAAUAUUAAAGGAUGCUGAUGUUAGUAGAAACCUUCCUGGAAAAGUUAAAGUGUCAGCACCUAAUAUACAUAAAGUUAAAAGGAAGUGACCUCGGAUCUUCAAAGUUCAAGAGGAGACAGGACAGUAGACUUGAAGUGAUGUCAUGCAAAAUUUGUGAAAUUUAUAUAUAUAAAGCUUCAUUUUGAUUUAUUCUAAUUUUCACUUUGAUGAGAAAUAUAUUAGUUUUAUUUAUGAUCAGUGACAUGAGAUGAAGAAAACAUAGUGAAAUAUGGAGGAUUAUGUUCAGUGUUGUUCAGAUCAGUACUAUUGUACAUUGGAUUUCAAAUUAUCAUGCUGUAAACAGUUGAGAAAUAUUUGUAUUUAUAUUUUAAGAUGUGUAAUUUUUACAAAUUGCAAAUUGUCAAACAUUGUGUUUCAAAAAGGUAAAUUUAUUAAUUCCAAACACAUUUUUAAUAACAAUGUUUUUUUACAGUACAUAGGUUGACCACUUAAUUUUGUAGGAAGAGACCCACACAUGGGAUACUCUUAAAAGAAUUAAAUUGAUUUUGCAGCAUGUUUUGUCCCAAAUUAUACUUUAUCCUCUAUAAGGAUAUAAUUUUGCAUCAUAUUGUUUAUUUAAAAAUGUUUUUGAACAGAAACCAUUAUUAUUAUAACAAGAAUACAAGAGGUUGUAAUUUUAGGACAGUUUGGCUUAUUGAUAUUGAUUGUUAUCAUGUUAUGGUCAGUUUUUGACAGUAAACAAUAAAAUAUAUAAAAUUUG